AUGGUGGCGGCGCCGUGCGCCCGGAGGCUGGCCCGGCGCUCGCACUCGGCGCUGCUGGCGGCGCUCACCGUGCUGCUGCUGCAGACGCUGGUCGUGUGGAAUUUCAGCAGCCUCGACUCCGGGGCCGGGGAGCGCCGCGGGGGCGCAGCGGCCGGCGGCGCCGAGCAGCCGCCCCCGGCCCCGCACCGCGAGCGCCGGGACCUGCCCGCCGAGCCCGCUGCAGCCCGAGGACGAGGACGGGAGCCCCAGGCGCGGGCGCGGGGAGGCGGCCCCGGAGAAGCCCGGGCACAGCAGCCGGCCAGCCGGGGGGCGCUGCCCGCGCGGGCGCUGGACCCACACCCAAGUCCACUGAUCACCUUGGAAACCCAGGAUGGCUACUUCUCUCACCGGCCGAAGGAGAAAGUGCGGACGGACAGUAACAAUGAAAACUCGGUCCCCAAAGAUUUCGAGACUGUGGACAACAGCAACUUCGCCCCCAGGACUCAAAAGCAGAAACACCAGCCCGAGCUGGCGAAGAAACCCCCGAGCAGGCAGAAGGAGCUCUUGAAAAGGAAGCUGGAGCAGGAGAGGGGGCAGGGAGCUCUGUCCCCAGGCAAAGGCGCCAACGAGGUGCAGCCACCUGGUGACAGAGCCCCAGUGAACAGUAGCCGGGGGAAGGAAGCCCCCAGACAGCCUCACGCCAGGAAAAGCGGGGGCGGCUCCCCUGAGAUCAAGUACGACCAGCCCCCCAAGUGCGACAUCUCAGGCAAGGAGGCCAUCUCCGCUUUGUCCCGCUCCAAGUCCAAGCACUGCCGGCAGCAGAUCGGGGAGACCUAUUGCCGCCACAAGCUGGGGCUGCUGAUGCCCGAGAGGGUGACUCGCUUUUGUCCCCUGGAAGGCAAAGCCACCAAGAACGUCCAGUGGGACGAGGACUCGGUGGAGUACAUGCUGGCCAACCCGGUCAGGAUCGCCUUCGUCCUGGUGGUGCACGGGCGCGCCGCGCGGCAGCUCACGCGCAUGUUCAAGGCGAUCUACCACAAGGACCAUUUCUACUACAUCCACGUGGACAAGCGCUCCAAUUACCUGCAUCGGCAAGUGCGCCAGUUCGCCAGGCAGUACGACAACGUCCGCGUCACCCCCUGGAGGAUGGCCACCAUCUGGGGCGGCGCCAGCCUCCUGUCCACCUACCUGCAGAGCAUGCGGGACCUGCUGGAGAUGGCUGACUGGCCCUGGGACUUCUUCAUCAACCUCAGCGCAGCCGACUACCCCAUCAGGACAAAUGACCAGCUGGUGGCGUUUCUCUCCCGCUACCGAGAUAUGAAUUUCUUGAAGUCACACGGCCGGGACAAUGCAAGGUUCAUCCGGAAACAGGGCCUGGACCGGCUCUUCCUGGAGUGUGACGCCCACAUGUGGCGCCUGGGGGACAGGCGGAUCCCCGAGGGCAUUGCCGUGGAUGGCGGCUCAGAUUGGUUCCUGCUGAACAGGAAGUUUGUGGAGUAUGUGACAUUCUCCACGGACGAUCUGGUGACCAAAAUGAAGCAGUUCUACUCUUACACGCUGCUUCCUGCCGAGUCCUUCUUCCACACAGUCCUGGAGAACAGCCCCCACUGCGACACCAUGGUGGACAACAACCUGCGCGUCACCAACUGGAACCGCAAGUUGGGCUGCAAGUGCCAGUACAAACACAUCGUGGACUGGUGCGGCUGCUCCCCCAACGACUUCAAGCCGCAGGACUUCCAUCGCUUCCAGCAGACCGCCCGGCCCACCUUCUUUGCCCGCAAGUUCGAAGCCGUGGUCAAUCAGGAGAUCAUCGGGCAGCUGGACCACUACCUGUACGGGAGCUACCCUGCAGGCACCCCGGGCCUCCGCUCCUACUGGGAGAACGUGUACGACGAGCCGGAUGGCGUCCACAGCCUGAGCGACGUGACGCUCACCUUGUACCACUCCUUCGCCCGCCUGGGCCUCCGGCGGGCAGAGACGUCGCUGCACACGGAGGGGGAGAACAGCUGCCGGUACUACCCAAUGGGCCACCCCGCGUCUGUCCACCUCUACUUCCUUGCGGACCGCUUCCAGGGCUUUCUCAUCAAGCAUCACGCUACCAAUCUGGCUGUGAGCAAACUCGAGACGCUGGAGACGUGGGUGAUGCCAAAGAAGGUCUUCAAGAUCGCCAGCCCGCCCAGCGACUUCGGGAGGCUUCAGUUUUCCGAGGUCGGCACUGACUGGGACGCCAAGGAGCGUCUCUUCCGGAACUUCGGGGGCCUCCUGGGGCCCAUGGACGAGCCGGUCGGCAUGCAGAAGUGGGGCAAGGGCCCCAACGUGACCGUCACCAUCGUCUGGGUGGACCCCGUCAACGUCAUUGCAGCCACCUACGACAUCCUCAUCGAGUCCACUGCCGAGUUCACCCACUACAAGCCCCCUCUGAACUUGCCCCUGAGGCCCGGCGUGUGGACAGUGAAAAUCCUCCACCACUGGGUGCCAGUUGCAGAGAGCAAAUUCCUCGUCACACCUCUGACCUUCUCCAACAGGCAGCCCAUCAAACCGGAGGAGACCCUGAAGCUGCACAGCGGGCCCCCGCGCAGCGCCUACAUGGAGCAGAGCUUCCAGAGCCUGAACCCCGUGCUCGGCCUGCCCGUCAGCCCCGCCCAGGUGGAGCAGGCGCGCAGGAACGCGGCCGCCACCGGCCCCGCGCUGGAGCGCUGGCUGGACUCGCUGGUGGGCAGCAUGUGGACGCCCAUGGACAUCUGCACCACCGGCCCCACCGCCUGCCCCGUCAUGCAGAGCUGCAGCCAGACAGCCUGGAGCUCCCUCAGCCCGGACCCCAAGUCAGAGCUGGGGGCGGUCAAACCCGACGGCCGGCUCAGGUAGCACUGCGCACGCGUGAGCCACGGCGGGUCUCAAAGG